AUGUCGCCCAGCGGAGCGAAGGGCGCCUACGACCCGUGCGAGGUCAGCUUGAAGAGAGCAGGCCACGUCCUUCAGUCGGUGGCAAAGGGCAUCUGGCGCGAGCUGGAGACGACGAGGGACCACAAGCGUACGCUGGCGAUCUCCAUGGUCCGGACCACUAUAGGCAAGACGAGCACGGUCAACACGAUAGAGAUCGCGGUUCAGAAGAUGGCCCAGACGCUCAGCAUGUUGCACGAGAAGGUUUACGAGGAUUUCGAGUACUGCGCAGACAAGGACUACGCGGAACCGCAGGCCCAGCUCGUGCAGGACAGCGGGAAGGAGGUGCUGAAGAUCCAAGCGAAUGGGACCCCCGACCAACCGCCGUGGAAGCACGGUGACCUGAGCACAUGUUCCUUUGCGACUGGCAUCAGCGCAAGCAGCAGCCCAAGCACUCACCAAACGAAUGCGCUGAGGGCGAGGAUCAACGAGCUCGAGCAGCAGCUGAAGGGCAAGGGCCCAGAGAAGGCGAAGAAAGAGGAGGUUCCGUGCGACAACGGCGAGAAGUACUUCGGUUUCACCAAUGUUGCCAACACGUGCUACGUCAACAGCGUGCUGCAGGCGCUGUACUUCUGCACGCGCUUCCGACGAGCGGCGAUGCGGACCCUGAGCGAGGAGGAGGGCUCGGACGACGAAUGCUUGCUGACCAGCCUCGCGCAGCUGUUCGCGCAGAUAGAGGGCCAGAAGCGCCCCGUCGGGUGCCUGACGCCGAGACGCUUCCUCGCGAGGCUGCGGAAGGCCAACGACCUGUUCUGCAACGCGGAGCAGCAG